AUGGAGUCUGCAUUCAGCAGCCCCGCGGAGGCGACGCUACAGCGGGAAGCGGGAGCUGCAGCGCUGCUCACUCCUCUCGAGGACUUAGACCGAGUGUACGAGCUGGAGAGAGUCGUGGAAUUUGUCCGCAACCACGAAUGUCAGCGGGUGGCCUUGCAGUUCCCCGAUCAGCACCUCGGAGAUGCUGGAGCCGUGGCUGCACGACUGGAGGAGAUCACGGGAGCAAAGAUGUUCAUCUUGGGAGAUACAGCUUAUGGCAGCUGCUGUGUGGACGUGCUGGGCGCUGAACAGGCUGGAGCCCAGGCUCUUGUACAUUUUGGCCCUGCCUGCUUGAGCCCCCCUUCCCGCCCAUUACCUGUCAUCUUCGUCCUUGGCCAGCGUUCUGUGGCCUUGGAGCUCUGUGCCAAGACCUUUGAGGCCCUGAACCCGGACCCCUCAGCGCCAGUGGUACUGCUGAGUGAGCCAGCCUGCGCUUAUGCCCUGGAUGCCUUGGCUACUCUUCUGCGCCCACGUUACUCGGACCUGCUUGUCUCUAGCCCAGCUAUUCCCUUGUCAGCAGGCUUUCUCAGUUCAGAAUCUGAGCCCCUUGAGCGUUUUGGUCGUCGCUUCCCCUUGGCUCCAGGAAGAUGCCUAGAAGAUUAUGGUGCCUUCUAUGUGGGAGGCUCAGAGUGCAAUCCAAGCUCUGACCUUGACCCAGAUCUGAGUCGGCUGCUCUUGGGCUGGGCACCAGGACAGCCAUUCUACUCUUGCUGCCCAGACACAGGGCGGUCUCAAGAUGAGAGCCUUCGGGCUGGACGGCUAAGGGCACGCAGACAUUACCUGGUGGAAAGGGCCAGAGAUGCCCAUGUGGUGGGACUGCUCGCAGGCACGUUAGGUGUAGCCCGAUACCAGGAGGCCCUGGCACACUUUCGGAACCUAACUCGUGCUGCUGGUAAGCGUAGCUAUGUCUUGUCUUUGGGGCGACCCACUCCUGCCAAGCUUGCCAACUUUCCUGAGGUGGAUGUUUUUGUGCUUUUGGCCUGUCCUCUGGGUGCCUUGGCUCCCCAGCCUUCUGGUGGCUUCUACCGACCUGUGUUGGCACCCUGUGAACUAGAGGCUGCCUGCAAUCCUGCCUGGCCACCUCCAGGGCUGGCCCCUCACCUCACACAUUAUGCGGACUUGCUGCCUGGCUCUCCCUUCCAUGUGCCUCUGCCACCACCUGACUCUGAGCUGUGGGACACUCCAGAUGUGUCACUCAUUACUGGGGCACUCCGACCUACACCUGCCUGGAAGCCACCAAAUGCUUCUGAGUGCUCAGCCCUGGCCCCUCGGCCCCAGCUGGAACUGGCUGAGAGUAGCCCUGCAGCUUUGUUCCUUAGUUCGCGGAGCUGGCAGGGGCUGGAGCCCCACCUGGGUCAGACGCCAGUGAUUGGAGCUGUAAGUGGAAGACGAGGAAUUGCCAUCGCCUAUGAAGAUGAGGGAAGCAGCUGA